AUGACAUGUCUCCCAUCAGGGCUCUUAUAAAAUGAUGCUUUUUCCCAUGCAACAUCAGCAAACAUUGUGACUGGUCUGUCUCUGCCCUGCUGGAUUUACCAAGUGUCCAUUUUACUCCUUGCUCCCUUCACUGAGAUAGGGGGUCUCACAUCCCCUAGGAUUUUGGUCUUCUGUUCUGCCCAUGGGAAGAUCAUGCAUUGUGGGUUAUUGGAGGAACCAGACAUGGAUUCCACAGAAAGUUGGAUUGAACGGUGUCUCAGUGAAAGCGAAAAUAAACGGUAUUCAAGCCACACAUCCUUGGGCAAUGUUUCUAAUGAAGAAACAGAUGAAGAAAAGGAAAACAGGGCAUCGAAACCGCACUCCACCCCAGCCACUCUACAAUGGCUGGAAGAAAACUAUGAAAUUGCAGAGGGUGUCUGCAUCCCCAGGAGUGCCCUCUAUAUGCAUUACUUGGAUUUCUGUGAGAAAAAUGACACACAACCAGUGAAUGCUGCCAGUUUUGGCAAGAUAAUUAGACAGCAGUUCCCACAAUUAACCACAAGGAGACUUGGGACCAGGGGACAAUCAAAGUAUCAUUAUUAUGGCAUUGCCGUCAAAGAAAGCUCCCAGUACUAUGAUGUUAUGUACUCCAAGAAAGGAGCAGCGUGGGUGAAUGAGUCGGGGAAAAAAGAAGUCACCAAACAGACAGUGGCGUAUUCACCACGAUCCAAGCUUGGAACAUUACUGCCUGAAUUCCCAAAUGUCAAAGAUCUAAAUCUGCCAGCAAGCAUCCCAGAAGAAAAGAUCUCAACAUUUAUAAUGAUGUAUCGAACUCACUGCCAAAGGAUUUUGGACACUGUAAUACGAGCCAACUUUGACGAGGUUCAAAGUUUUCUUCUGCACUUUUGGCAAGGCAUGCCCCCCCACAUGCUGCCAGUCCUAGGCUCGUCCACAGUGGUGAACAUAGUGGGAGUGUGUGAUUCCAUACUGUAUAAAGCUAUCUCUGGAGUCUUGAUGCCAACUGUACUACAAGCAUUGCCUGACAGUUUGACACAAGUGAUAAGAAAAUUUGCAAAGCAGCUGGAAGAAUGGCUAAAAGUUGCUCUUCACGACCUUCCUGAAAAUUUACGAAAUAUCAAAUUUGAGCUGUCAAAAAGAUUUUCCCAAAUUCUUCGACGACAGACAUCAUUAAACCAUUUAUGCCAAGCCUCACGAACGGUUAUACACAGUGCCGAUAUCACAUUUCAGAUGCUGGAAGACUGGAGGAAUGUUGACCUUAAUAGCAUUACCAAACAGAGUCUUUAUACUAUAGAAGAUUCCAGAGACGAACACAGAAAACUCAUUAUCCAAUUGUAUCAGGAGUUUGACCAUUUAUUAGAAGAACAAUCACCAAUUGAAUCAUACAUUGAUUGGUUGGAUUCCAUGGUGGACAGAUGUGUUGUGAAGGUAGCGUCCAAAAAACCAGGGUCAUUAAAGAGGGUGGCACAGCAGUUCCUCUUAAUCUGGUCUUGUUUUGGCACAAGAGUCAUUCGGGACAUGACGUUACACAGUGCACCAAGUUUUGGUUCUUUCCACCUCAUUCAUUUAAUGUUUGAUGACUAUGUCCUUUAUUUGUUGGAGUCAUUACACUGCCAGGAGAGAGCCAACGAGCUUAUGAGGGCAAUGAAAGGAGAAGCUCAUAGCGAGGACACAGAGGAGAUUAUACUAGCAGAACCUGCAAUUUCCACACCAUCUCCAAUUCCAUUCUCACCGAACACAUCUUCAACAUCCAUUGACCUCACGUCAGCAAUAUCACCUGUGAGCAACCACUCUCCAGAGAGUAGUGCAUUGGCAGUAACAACAGGUGCAAUGCAGUCAUACACAUGGUCACUGACCUAUACUGUCACCACAGCUGCCAAUGGACCAGGAGAGAAUACACAGUCGUUACCCUGUAUGAGAAGUCCACACAUGCCUACAACUGUCACACACAGAAUACCUGUCUAUCCACACCGAGAGGAACAUGGCUACACAGGUAGUUAUAAUUAUGGAACCUACAGCAACCAGAAUCCAAUUCCAAUUGCAUCACAAUAUACAUCUUUGCCACAUGAAUCUGGGAUUACCACACCACUUCAUUAUACGGCGUAUCACAGAAGCUCGUCUCAGUAUCCAUUCAACAGCCAGACACGGAUGGAACCUUGCCUCAUGACCAGUACUCCAAGACUCCAUCCAAGCCAGGUCGCACCACGGUGGCAAGAAGUGGCAUCCAGCAACUCUUGUUAUACUAAUCCAACCAUGCACUCUGCCAGAUAUGGAAGCUCUACUGACAUGUACACAUCGCUGUCUACAAGACGUAACUCUGACUAUGAACACAUGCAGCAUUUCCCCGGCUUUGCCUAUAUAAAUGGAGAAGCUAGCACAGGGUGGGCUAAAUGA